AUGUUUGAUUCGCCCUAUGCUGACUUACCACGUGAUCAUCCAUGUGUGGAGGAAUGCAUUAGUAUCAACGAAUCGAUUGACAAGCUAUUCAUAGAUGAUCCGGAAUGCAUGGUCCGUAUCUCGCCAAGGUCCACUCAAAAACUGUUCACGUACCGUACUCCAAUACUUUACAGAGGAGCAAGGGAUCCUAACUUUUCAGUUGUGGACUACCACGGUCCUGGAUUCAUCACCCAUACCGAAGAACGUCUUAUUGAAGAGCAUUACCGCCACAAUUAUGUGGAUCACAAUGGGGACUUUUUCAAUCCAGUGGAACUUGGUUCAGUUAAAACGUUGAAUUCGCCAAUAGGCGCUACAUUAGUAUAUUCUGAAGUCCCAGACAGUACUUCGGAUAGUACCACUUGCGAUGAACCGGAUGACGUCAUUAAGAUCGUAAGGACAGCCACUCCAGAGAUUGUUGAAAGUCAUGAAGAAUCUGUGAUAGUCUGCACUGAGGUAGAGACGCCGUCGAAGCAGCUCGCCUCUGAUGAAGAUGGUACGGAUGAAGAAGAAGAAGUGGAAGUGUCUUCACUGGCAAGCGGAACCGGCAAGCGCUCAGCCAAAUCCCCUAUCCCGACAGAGGGGAAAGUUCCCGUUCCCGAACGACGAAUGACCAGAUCGGCGUCGCGAAAUCCUGCAGAGGGCCACACUACACCGCGAUCAAAUAAUAUUGCUAUGCGAAAGUCAUCAGCAAUUGUUACAAGACGAGGUCCGUGCCGAGCCUCAUGCGUCAACGUUGAAGAUAAGGUUAUGACCCCGUCGGGUUCCGUGGAUAUCAAAAUACAUGUUGACAGCUCUCUUACGCCAACCUUCGGAAUGAUCACAAGGUCGCGAGAUCGCAGCGCAACUACUUUGGUAGUCGAUGUACGUACGCCGCCACAGCGAUCGGCGGAAAAACGUACUGCUCAAUAUCGCUCACCAAGUGACGGUUCUGCCCACAUCCCAUCAACACCGUUAAGUGGGAGUCGUAAAAGACCUCAUCGUGAACUUGAACGAGGUGCCAGUGGUAUUACACCAGUUGUACAUCGGCUCAAUCUGGAUGCACCUUGUCGGUCAACCAGUGAACCGGGAUCCAUGGCAUUUCCUAAAGUCCGGAGUGCACCAACUACGCCUUCUAAGGUAACUGGUGGUAUGAACCGCAUGGGAAGCAAAUGGUCGCUAUCAAAGUUGGACACGAGGGCGUCGCUGAGAGAUAGCGCCGUUGGUAGCUUAGAAUUAGGAGAACCGCCGUCAAAAAUGCGACGAAUUUACGGAUUCAUGCGCCGUUUAGUUGGAUUUGGCCUUGGAAAUGGGCAGUAA